CAGCUCACGCCGUGGUUUUGGAGACAGGAAUACUGGCUACCUCCGGGGAUCACCUGGGAGGACAUGCGGGAGACGGAGGACAUCCGCUAUCCACAACCCCAUCACCUCCUGCUCUGCCUCCCCAUCGCUCUCCUGCUGGUCGCCCUCCGGUUCUUCUUCGAAAGGAAAAUUGGUGUCUCCUUGAGCAAACGACUAGGUUUGCGAGAAAAGGUGAGGCGGACACCUUCUCUGAACCCCACCCUGGAAGCUUUUUACAGGAAACAGAGGAAAACUCCCACCAAGGAAGACCUCAGCACCUUAGCCAAGCAGUGCAACCUGCAACCAAGACAGGUAGAGAGGUGGUUCCGAUACAGGCUGAAUCAGGACCGGCCCAGCUUGACCAAGAAGUUCUGUGAAACCAGCUGGAGAGCCACCUACUACGCCGCUUCCUUCUGCACGGCGCUGGCCAUCCUUUACGACAAGCCCUGGUUGUGGGAUCUCCGCGAAUGUUGGGUUGGGUACCCCCAGCAGCCUCUCCAGACGAGCCUUUUGGGCUACUACCUCGUGCAGUUAUCCUUCUACUGCUCCUUGCUCAUCUCGCUGCCUUUUGAUGUCAAACGGAUGGACCUUCAUGAGCAGAUCAUCCACCACCUGGUCACUAUCUUCCUCAUCGGCUUCUCUUUCUGCUUAAAUUUCAUCCGUAUCGGUUCACUCGUCAUGUUCCUGCACGACAUUUCCGAUUGUCUCUUGGAGGUCGCCAAGAUGUUUACUUACCUGAAGUGGCAGAAAACCUGCGAUGCCCUUUUUGUCACUUUCUCGGUGGCAUUUCUGGUCACUCGCCUGGGGAUUUUUCCUUGCAAAAUUCUCCACAACACAUAUUAUUAUUCCAUGGAAAUCUACCAGCCUUUUUUCGGCUACUACUUCUUCAACGCCCUCUUGAUGGUACUUCAACUCCUCCACAUCUUCUGGUCCUAUCUGAUCAUUCGCAUGGUUUAUCGAUUCCUGAUCUGUGGCAUGAUGGAAAAGGACCUGCGGAGCCAAUCAGAGGGCAGCGAGGAUGAGGUGGGCCGCCGCGAGAUGGAGCAGAAAAACGGCACCAAGGGUCCCCAGCCCAACCGCCAACCACCUGGAGUCACCCAGAGAGCGUUCGUACACACAAACGGGAAUUCCUCCUCUGGCAUUCCCACCCAAGCCAAAUAGCCCCAGCCUGCUCCUCGUUGCUGCUCUGCCCCUCCCCAGCCCUCCCCUCUGACCUCCUAGACUUGGAAGCGGGUAUCGC